UCCUAAAUAUCAGAGGUAUUGUAAAACGUGUUCGCUCUUCGCUCUGUAGUGUUAUUGCUGCCUUGUAACUAGAAGUCAUCGGCGCCGAGCCGGAGGAGUGGGCCGCCACCAGUCGCAGCAACAUUGCUCUUACAGCCACCAUCAAUUCGUCGAGUCCAAAAUUUUCUUCUUCAACCACAUCGCGCCAACCGCCAACUUGCUGCGUCGGCGUCAAUCAUAACAUGUCGGAAUUCUGGAAAUCGACAGAACGCUACUGGUGUAAGCACUGCCAAGUGUAUAUUCGCGACACCAAGCUCGAGCGCGCAAACCAUGAAGCGACAGCCAGACACCAGGGCAACCUGAAGCGAUCACUCCGAGACCUCCACCGCGGCCACGAGCGCGAACAGAGAGAAAAAGAUCGAGCUAAGCAAGAAAUCGAACGAUUAAAUGGCGUCGUACCGGGGAACACAUCGUCCAGCAAUGCGGCGCCAACACGCACCGCACCCAUACCAGCAGGCAGUCACCAGACGCGGCCCGCGACCGUCGCUCAGCUGCAGAAGCAGCGAGAGCAGCUGGCUGCCAUGGGUAUAGAAAUGCCUAGUGAGCUGCGUCCGGAAAUGGCCAUGGCCGGCCAAUGGACUGUUACGUCAACAAAGAUCAUCGAGGCACCUACCAAAUCCGAAGACGGCGAUGACCCGACCAAAGUCGAAGGCCGAGCGAACGGUGUACGCAAGCGCGAAGUUACAGAAGAGGAGAAGGAAGAAGAGGAUGCCAUGCGCGGACUGUUUAAGAAGCCGAAGAAAUGGGGCCGUGACACGAAGACCAUGCCUGCCGACGAGGACAAGGAGCUUGAUGCCUUGCUGAACGGCGCCCUUCUCGUCAAAAAGGAGCCGAUCGAUGCCAAUAUUGUCAAGAAAGAGGAGGAAGAUAUUAAUGAGAAUGCGGCUGAUGAGGUCCAGAAUGCACCAAGAGACGAACGCGUCGCGGUGAUGCCUUCGGCGAAGGACUCUGAUGACGUUGCCCCGAAGGACGAGGCGCCGACAGACGAGGAUGCGACGCCAUCGGUGGUGUUUAAGAAGAGAAAGCCAAAGGUGCUCCGAACGAAAUAACGUUAAUGACGACCGUGUAUUUGUACUUUUGUAUAUAGAUAUCCCAUUAAAAAGGCGCCUUGUAGUAAGUAGUACAUAGCUAGCUAGCUGGCAAACAAGCCAGCAAAGCACAAAUGAAAAAAAAAAAUCCCGAUACCCAUUUCGCUAAUACGCUCCAUCUGUUGCCGCACGUUCCAGC